UUUUUUUAUUGUUUAUUUCUUGUACUUUUUUUUUCUUCUUCUUUCCUAGCAAUUUGUGAUUAAGAAUGGUCGACAAAAAAGUAAAUAAAAAAUAUGAUAUAAUUGUUUGUGGGGCAGGACCUGUAGGAUUAUUCUUUGCAUAUCAAAUGAUAAUGCAAGGACAUUCAGUGUAUAUUUGUGAUCAAAAGGAAGGUCCUACGGAGCAAAGUAGAGCCUUUUUUGUGUCUGCUCGUUCUUUAGAAGUAUUUGAAAAUAAAGGUAUAGCACAUCAUUUGCUACAUGAAGCUUAUGUAUUACGUGGUGUUCAAUUGUUUAUUGAAGGCUGUGAGAGUGCUUCUUUGGAAUCUGAUGAUGUUGGAGAGACCAUCUUUCCUCAACUCACAAGUAUUCCCCAAUCAAAAACGGAGUCUAUCCUAGCUUCACUUAUUCAAGAAAAGACAACUAUAGAAUGGAACACAAAAUUAGUAUCUUACACAGAACAAAAUCAAUUAGUCACAGCAAUUGUCACUAAAGAUAAUGGAAAGACAACUGAAUGCAUACAGGGCAAAUAUAUUAUUGGCGCUGAUGGUGCUCACUCUACCGUUAGAAAUGGAGACCCUACCUGGACUUAUGAUGGUGAAUCCUCAGAAACAAAAUUUGCUUUAGCCGAUGUUGUCUUAUCAGGUCCUGAUUUAGAUAUCAUCAAAGAUAAAUUUAAUGUCUUUUAUCAUUCAGAAGGUAUGUGCCUUUUGAUACCUAUCAACUUUGACCAUCACAAUAGAAAAAACAAUUUGUUUCGAAUGAUUGCGAAUAAGGGACCUUAUGAAAAGAGGCCAUCUACGAAAAAUGUAACCCAUGGUAUUAAUGGGACAGAAACUCUAUCAUUAGAUGAAGUAAAUCAAAUUUUGAAAACAAGAUUAGAAAAAUUAAAUUUAGUUGCAAGUGAUCCUGCUUGGUUAACCCAUUUUUAUAUCAAUGAGCGUAAAGCAAAUGGUUUUCGUCGUGGCAGAGCCUUUUUGAUUGGAGAUGCUGCACAUUGUCACUCUCCUGUUGGAGGUCAAGGAAUGAACCUAGGAUUACAAGAUGCUGAUAACCUUGCUUGGAAAAUGUCAUUAGUAUUAAAAGGAUUAUCUUCAGAUCCUGAAUUGCUCUUAGAUUCUUAUACUAUUGAGCGAGAACCUAUUGCAGAAAAUACCAUUAGUCAGACUGGUAAUGCUACAGAGCUCGCUAUGAGUGUUAGUUUCUUUAUGGCUAUUCUACGAUACUUCAUUUCAUCUUCAAAUUUCUGUGUCUCCAAGUUAAAAGAAUAUGGAAUGGCUAGUAUAUUACAGCUGCACACAUCAAUUGAUAAUUCAUCACGUAUUAUAGGAGCAUCUGAUCCUUCUUUAAUUAAGGCAGGCAAAUUUCUACCUGAAUCUACCUUACUUCUUAAACGUUGUCUAGCCAUGGAUCAGCCUGAGCAUCUAUUAGAACGAAAAACAUUACAUCAAAUUAUCAGUAAUACAGGAAAUCAUACGGCUCUUUGGAUAGCCACACGACCUGCCUCGUAUAGCGCUUCCUGUCUAACCUCCAAAUUUUGGAAAAAAAUUCAAACAAAUUUUGGUAGCUCAAUUCGUCCACUUAUUAUUGAAUCUACUUGGAAUGUCCCUGAAUAUAGAUUAGCAGAUGAUAUCAUGCAUGAUAUCAAAGAUCUUUGCGACAAUGAUGAUAAACGUAUUGUCAUUGCUGAAAAAUUAGAAUCAGAAAACUUUUGGGUUGAAUAUUUACCAACAAGCUCAAAUGAUUCAAUCACAAGUCUAAUUGGACUUCAUUCAAGUUUAGUGAAUACAACUCAUACGAAUACAGAGCCACCUGCUGCAUUAUUAAUUAUUCGACCUGAUCUUUAUAUUACCAGUUCGACACUAGUGUUAUCAGAGGAUGAUAUCAAUAAGGCGUUAGCAUUUCUACAUACCUAUUUAAAAUAA